GUCUACGUCUAGUUCAAGGUUCAUCGUGAGAGUAAAAAUAGGCUCGGCUCUCUCUCUUCACUUUCCCUAAUUCGGAGACCGAGGGGCACCGACACAAGCCGCUAAUUUUGUCCCGGCCACGAAGCGACCCCGCCGGCCACCUAAAAAUGUCUCUCCGGUGAAAUCAUCUGUCAACGGUCCUCCCUUCGCUAGCAAGCUAUCUAGUUAGCUUGCAGUCCAAAACACAACUGACGGCGAGCUUUGCUACAUACUAGCUAACCUUAAAUGAAAUAACACGGGCUUGCAAAUUGAAAUACGACUUUUUUUUAUUUGGGGGGGUCUCGAAAAGCCUUGAAAACGCCGCCAUGUUCGUCCAGGAAGAGAAAAUGUUCGCCGGUAAAGUGUUGAAGAUUCACAUCUGCACCGUGGACGGCGCCGAGUGGCUGGAGGAGAUCACGGAAGACACUACGGUGGACAAACUCAAGGAGAAGUGCUUGAAACAUUGUUGGCAAGGAAACUCUGACGAUCCCAAGACAAUAACCCACCACAAGCUCAUCCACGUUGCGACAGAGCGAGUGUUGAAUGACACCAAAACCGUGGCCGAUGAACGCCUCAAAGAUAAAGAUGUUCUUCUGCUCAUAAAGAAAAGGCCGCCGCCGACCCCUCCUAAGAUGGCUGACGUGAGCGCUGAAGACAAGAAAAAAGAGGACAACAAAGCACCGGACAAGGACGCCAUCUUGAAGGCCACCGCCAACCUCAGCGUUCGCCACACGGACCACGCCGUCACGCAGCACAAUAUCAGAGAUUUUCAGACAGAGCUCCGAAAAAUCCUGGUGUCCCUCAUUGAAGUGGCCCAGAAGCUCCUGGCCUUGAAUCCUGACGCUGUGGAGCUUUUCAAAAAGGCCAACGACAUGUUGGAUGAAGACGAGGACGAGCGAGUGGAUGAGGCGGCGCUACAGCAGCUGACAGAAAUGGGCUUCCCUGAGAGUAGAGCCGUUAAAGCACUCAGACUCAACCACAUGUCAGUGACCCAGGCCAUGGAAUGGCUGAUCGAGCACGUGGAUGACCCUUCGGCGGACGCCGGCGCCACCGGGACGCCGUCCCGCCCGCUCGGGCGACGGCCCUCGGCGGAUGCAAGCGCAUCCGGGACGCCAUCCCGACCGCACGGGCGACUGCCCUCCGAUGAGAGCCCCGGCCCCGCUUCCUCCGGCAGGCAAGAUGAGCUGACGGAGAUUUUUAAGAAAAUUCGCAGGAAAAGGGAGUUCCGGCCCGAUUCCAGAGCCGUGUUCGCACUGAUGGAAAUGGGAUUCGAGGAGAAACAGGUGAUCGACGCUCUCAAGGUCAACAACAACCAGCAAGAUGCGGCAUGUGAGUGGCUGCUGGGGGACAAGAAGCCGUCCGCAGAGGACAUGGACAAAGGCAUCGACACCGACAGUCCGCUUUUUCAGGCCAUCCUGGAGAACCCCGUUGUCCAGUUGGGUUUAACCAACCCCAAGACUCUACUUGCGUUCGAGGACAUGCUUGAAAACCCGUUGAACAGCACUCAGUGGAUGAACGACCCCGAGACGGGCCCUGUCAUGCUCCAGAUCUCCAGAAUCUUCCAGACCCUCAAUCGCACAUAGACUGACCCUAAAAUGGACUCGGCUAAUUAUAUUUAUAAAACAUAACGCAAAUAUUAUUAUUACAGCAAAAUAUUAUUAUUACGAUACAAAGUUGUAUUUGCUAUCUUGUUUUUAAAAAGUACCUACAACAAUUUACUGUUUUAUUUUUGUUGUUGCCACAGGUCAACACGUGCGCAUGUUUGAUGUUUACAUCUAAUGUAUUGUUUUUAAACAUGUUAAUUUAUUUGGAUUUUCCCCUUUUUAAGCCUUCUGUUGUCAAAUGAGUCGAUUGACAAUGGCCGCGCUGAUAAAACAUUACAUUUUUUUGGUGAUUUUGGAGAAAGGAUGUCAUUCUUGAAGGGUAUAAAAUGAAAUUGAAGUGAGGAUGUUGCAAGAAACUAGAACAAUGGGUCACUUUCUGUUGAUUUUGGGGCACUUUUUUCCCCUAGGCAUUUACAGGUCCUUUCAGUCAAAUUAUAGCCAUUUUUAACCCAUUGGUGUUAUUUGUCCAUUUUCUGGCUUUUUUUUUUUUUUUUCUUGGUUUCAUCAAAGAUAAAGCAUUUGAAAAAUUACACUAGGGAGCUAAUAUUUUCCCAGGAUAGUAAAAACAUCUAAGAUCAAAAUGGCACCAUGCUGCAAUUUCUAACUUAUUGCAAACAGGUUGGGGAGACUUCCACUAAAUUCUUGUAAUAAUGCCGUGUUCUGGCUCAUUGACUCCGAUUAUAAAUCAUAAUUUUUGAUAUGCUGUAAACCUGAUGUGUUAUAAUGCAUUUUCCGUGAUUACUCAUGCAAUCGCUUCUUUGGCGAGUCAAAAACAUGGAAAUGGAGGAAUUUGUGUGUUGAGAGGCUUAACA